AUGCAUCUGGGAUCCAUUUAUUUAAUGGUAGUAUUACUUAUCUAUUUUGCGUAUACAGAUGAUAGAAAAGAGCGGGAAAAUGUUGACGUCAUAAACCCAGAAGAAAACUUGGUGCAAGACGAUGAGCAGUAUGUCGGCGAUUCAACAGAAAAUAUUGAAAAAAGUGGCAGUGAAGAAGAAGAAGAAGACAAAGAAGCAAUAGAAGAAGAGGAAGACGAAGAAGAAGAAUUGAAUUAUCGUUACAUUCCAGAACCUGCUCAAGAUAUAGUUGAUAAUGGGAAGAAGUAUAUUCAGGUGCAUUGUAGUUUUAAACAAGAUGAAAGUUUAAUUCGACAUCCCUCUAAUUGUUCUCGAUAUUUUGUGUGCUCAUAUGGAGUUGUUGAAGAAAUGCCUGUAUGUGAUGAUGGAGAGGUAUUUUCUAUACAAGUUAGUGAAUGUGUUAAGAAAGGUUCUGAAAAUGAUGACUGUGAUAAACUACCAUUUGAUUCUCCACCAGAAAUAACCAGGGGAACGCAACCAUCUUUAAUUUGGCAUCCUCGACACAAAUCUCCUCGAAGCCAAUUUAGACAACCAACUACUUUACAAAUGAAAGUUCCCCACAUAGAAUUGGAAUCAUUUACAUGCAGCGCGACAGGGAAAGUAUUAAGCCACCAUUCUGAGAACUGUGCCUGGUAUUACAACUGCAGCGCCCACCCUGAUGCCGUCAUGCAGACAUUUUACAGUGGAUUUAUAAUGGAAUGUCCUUACCCACAACUGUUCUCCACAGAAACUAAACAGUGUGAAGAUUUUGAAGAUGUUAAAUGUGGUGAUCGAUACGAACCAAAAUCACCGUGUGAUUACAGAGCCAAUCAUUGUCACGAAACAUCUCACUGUAUACCUUGCUGGGUACGAUACGCUUCUUGUCUAGAAUUACCAGAUGGGCUCAACCCUUGGUCAGAACUGGAAUGGAAACCUUUCUUUGUAGAAUGUUAUAAAGAACGAACAGUGUUCCAAGGCGUGUGUGAUAAAAGUGCUGUUUUUUCGCCUUUGACCAGGGCUUGUGAAACCCCAUAUAGUAUUCCUAGACAACAUGGCGGAUGGCGGCCAGUGUGUGAUGGUAGAAGAGACGGGAUAUACGCUGAUGAAUACGGAAGAUGUGACAUAUAUUAUGUAUGUAAGGGCUAUAUUUUCACCGGGUUCUUUCGAUGUGAAAAGGGAGAAAUGUUUAAUCCUGUAAUUUCAAUAUGCCAGAAACCGGAAGCAGUACCGUAUCCCUGUGGAGAUUUGGAAAUGCCUAAUAUUUGUGAAUCCUCACUUAAUGGCUACCACUUAGACAUGUUUGGCAGAUGUACCCAUUAUUUUGAAUGUAAAGAUCAACAACUAGAAGGAAUUUCAAUGUGUCCUAGUGGUAUAUUUAACCCAGAAUUACAAAUCUGUGAAUCCAGCCGUGAUCAGCCCAAACCUUGUGGUAAUCUAACCAAUUUAUGUACUCAUAAAAACGAUGGAUUCCAUUCCGACGAGAAUGACUGUACGAAGGUGUUCCAGUGUGAACGAGGUCUGACUAUGACAUCCUAUGACUGUAGUGGUAGUGUUCGUACAGAAUGUGAUGUUUGUAAUACGCCAACUGAGUGUAAUGAUAAACCAAAUGGAUUAUAUCCCAAUCUGAAGGAAGGGGUGGGGUAUUAUUACGACUGUGUUAGAAGUCAAAUCCAAAAUCAUUAUAAAUGUGACAAAGAAAAGGGCGGUCCAAUAUUUAAUCCAGUAAAACAGAGAUGUUUUUAUCCCGAAGAUUUGUGUAAAGAAGUUUUCAGUCUCAAAAUAGCAUGGUAA